AUGGAUUCAAUUCCCAUGGCCAGCCUCCCUUGCGACUGCUGGCUAGAGAUACUAGAGCGUCUACCACAACAGGAUUUGAACAGCCUGUCGCAGGUUUCUCGUGAAAUCCGUGUUUCAGCUGAGCUUUUCUUGUAUCGAUCGAUCCACUGGGAUUGGAAGAAUCCCCCGAUUCACAGAAUCCUGCUCCUUCUCCGAACUAUCUCCGGGCGACCAAAGUUGGCUUCCUACAUCAAGCAUGUCAGUUUGGUAUGGUGGGAUGUGGAAUCACAGGAGGGAACAGAGAUUUGCAUCCCCAAAGGAGAAGUUGACUGGGGAAAGAUGAUUCUACAGUCUAGGCCCACUUUGAGAUGGGCCCGGAAGGUUGUUCGAGACGCGAAAUUCGAGGCAAGAUUCGAUACAAAAUGGAUGACACGACUGUUUGAUGGGGAUGCCUACGUCUAUGCCACACUGCUGAUCUCGCAACUUCACAACCUUCGCACCCUUCGACUGGAUUACUCAUUCAUGCUUGAAGGGGGCUUUCCUGGGGAGAUGUUGCAUCAUUCUCUCUUUGGGAACGCACCCCCUGGCAUCUUAAGUCGCUUCUCAAAAUUAGAAAUGGUCGACUAUGGAAGCAAUCUUCCUCUCAAAAAGCCCCGCGACAGUGACCCGAUCAAAAUCGGCAGAGCUAAUAGUCAACUUGUCCCGUGGUUCCACCUUCCUUCCUUGAAGGUUCUCGAGCUUUGGCUCCAUGGUCUGGAGGGAAUUUGUAUCUUCCCUGGGCAGAUACCAAAAAGAUCCUUGAAUUUGUCAAACCUGCGCAGUCUUGUUAUUGACAAGACACGUGUUUCGCCUAAGGACAUCGCAGCACUGGUGUCUCAAGUACCAUAUCUAGAGUCCUUGCAUGUGGGCAUGGUCUACGGAUGCCGGACGACAGCUGAGUUUCUCAGGGACCCCCAAAGCCUCCUUCAGUUCUUAGAAACUUCGGUUCAAACAAUCGAACACCUCUCUAUCGGUGUGGAGCUUUCCCCAUGCUGUGUAGAAACCUUCCGUCUGCGUAUGAAGGAUGAAGCUGGUGAGCCAUUCCGUGGCAUCCUGAAGAGGUUCCCCAAACUAAAAACGGCUUCUUUGCCACUCGGCUUUCUCAUCGGUUGGGGUACAAAGCCCUACGAGCUUCGAGACGUACUACCACUCACUCUCGAAGCCCUUCACAUAAGGCCUGAUCUCUGGGGAUCCUCACACCCAAUUGUAUUCGAAAUGGAAACUCUCCAGGCAUUAGAGGAAUUUAUGGUACACAAACAGCGUGGCUCCCAUCCUUCUCUUCGAACUUUCUCCUACCAAGGAAAGGAUGAGUAUGAUGAUCAGGAGCUCGAUGACAUGGGCUUCCCCGACGGUUUUAAUUACUCCUACUUGAUUAAGCGGGAAACAAUGAGGCUAUUCUGUCUCAAGAAAAGGUACAAUCUGCUUUCUCGAUAUGGUGACUGCACACCUGGUUUCAUGUUAAGGAGUGUGACCUCGGUAGACGACGUCGUUCACCAGUUCCCUUGGCCGUUCGUUGCGGUCGAUGAGCUCCCCGCAAGCAUGCCUCGAUAUUCAAGAACCACGCCAUACGGACUCGCUAGGCUGCCACCUGGGUAUCAGGUGCAACUGAUGUGA